CCAGAGAUCAGUCAACACCUUUUCUUCAGAGAACUCAGUUCAAGUUCAAGUUACAGCCAUGCAUCAUCACCAGAAUCUCGGAGAAGCAGCCGCAGCCCUCUCGGGCAUGAUUCCUCCUCCCUACGAAGCCAUGGCCAUGUACGAGCAGCCCAAGCCGCGCUUCAUCUUCAAGAUGCCCCGUGUAGUGCCCGACCAGAGGUCAAAAUUCGACAGUGACGAACUCUUCCGCCGCCUCAGCCGGGAGAGCGAGGUCCGCUACACUGGCUACCGGGAACGGGCUGCCGAGGAGCGUCGAAUGCGUUUCGUCAACGACUGCCGGAAGGGCUAUGCUGAGAUGUCCUUCGUGGCAUCCGGCACCAAUCUGCAGCUGUAUUUCAACGCCAACCACAAUCCGUAUGCCCAGGAGCAGGAGUGCGACUUCGAGCGAGAGCGGGGCAAGGUCCAUCUACGAUCCAACUUUAUCAUGAACGGGGUAUGCGUUCGUUUCCGGGGCUGGGUGGAUUUGGAUCGUUUGGACGGGGUGGCCAGUCUGGAGUUCGACGAGCCACGGGCCCAGCAGGAAGAUGCCCAGCUGCAGGAGCAGAUCCUAAGCUACAAUCAGAGGAUGGCCGAGUCCAAAAGGAUUUAUCACACACCGCAAACGCCACCGGAGGAUCAUUCCCAUCGCAGGGGAGGACCUGGAAUGCCUGGAGGUCCCAUGGGCUGGUAGUGAGAUUUAAAAAUUAUAUUAACUUAAGUAUAAACGUUGGACGACUGAGUUUUAAAAUCAUAGAAAUUUAAGGAAAGAAAAGAAAGAUGUGUAUUUUAUAUAGUUUUUUAUAAUAUUCAAAUUCAGCUCAAAAAUAUUUUUUAA